AUGCCGAGGUCAGUCCCGGCUCCCGACACAUUUCCUCCGGCGGGCCCGGGGGUGGGCCUCGGGGACGGCGCUCGGGUGGGACGGUGCGAGCGACCAGGGCCAGCCCAAGCCGCGGCCGAGCGCUGCCACAGCCGCGGGGGCAGCUCGCGCCGCUCGACCGGCUGCGUCGCCGAGAUGAGGCGCACCGGGCCCUGGUGCUUGCUCCUGGCCGCGGCGUGCGCCCAGGGCUGGCUCCCGCCGCUGCAAGCCGCCCUGCGCUGCCAGUCGGCCGGCGUCUGCUUCAGCGCCCACCUCGCCAACCGCUCCUAUGCUGAGGCCGGCAGAGACUGCAGCCGCCGGCGGGGCAGCCUGGCCUGGGUCAGCAGCGAGCCUGAGCUGCAGUUGCUGCUGGGGCUGGUGGCGGAGGCGGCGGCGGGGCCAGCUCUCUCGCUCGUCUGGGUCGGGCUGAAAAGGAACGCCUCUGUCUGCACCGACGCGGGGCACCCGCUCCGUGGCUUCUCGUGGGAGGGCGCCGGCAGCGAGGCGGCCCCGCGGGAGGUGCCGGCGGCGCUUGGCCGCUGGGCGAAGGAGCCCAUGCGCUCCUGCAUCACUGCCCGCUGCGCCGCGCUGCACCUGGCGCCGACGGCGGCCCCCGGCGACGGCCCAAACUGGGGCUGGAAGGAGCGAGUCUGCCAUCGGGAGAGCCAAGGCUACGUCUGCAAGUACCAGUACGAGGGCGCCUGCCCCGACAUCAGCCCCGCGGGUGCCCUCGGUCUCGAUUACCGCCUCCCCUUCGAGGAGCACAGCGGCAGCCCCGGCUUCAGCCCGCCGGGCACCAUGCUCACCGUAGCGUGCCCCGGAGGGGAGGUGCGGCUCAGCUGCCAGCCCGACUCGGGCAGCUUCGCCUGGAAGGAGGUGGAUGAGCCCCUCUGCCCCUGCCCCUUCGGCUGUCGAAGCCCCGGCAGCAGGCUGUGCGCCGACGCGGCCGGAUGCCGCGAUGCUGGUGGCGCCUUCGCCUGUACCCCGGGCGGCAUGUACGGGACGCCCUGCGCGGCCACAGAGGAGGCCCCCACGGCCGCUGGCGGCUCCACAGAGCUGCCAGGUGCCGAGGUAGAGGGACAGCGCCCCUCCGCCGCGACGCCCAGCCGUUCCCCGGGGCAGCGCACCACAGCCGCCGCCGGCACGGAAAAGACGGCGGUUCCGCCGCCCUUCUCCUCCUCUUCUAACUAUGUUUUCAUUCUGGUGACGGUCGCGGUGGUGGUGCUGAUCAUCCUGGUCAUGACUGUUCUGGGUGUCUUCAAGCUCUGCUUCAACAAGAAAUCCGAGGGCCACGGGGACAAAGAGGCGCCGGAGGCCAGCAGCAAGGCGGAGGCCAGCUCCGCGGAGCCGAACGGAGGAGCAGCGGGUGGUGACUAG